AUGUUUAGCCAACUCGCCCUCGCAAGCAGCGUUCUGCUGGCCGCUUUCACACAGCAGGCUAUUGCUGUUGACAAGACUCGCGACCCUGGCCUUGAUGCCAACUUGGUCACCGCUGCCACCCAGCUCGACCGUCUUUCGCUCCUUAGCAAGGACUCCGACUGGUUCUUCGACUUUAACGUCCAGCAACCAUACUACAACUUUGCUCCAGGUGGUGUGGUCAACAUGAAUGCUGCCACCUUCCCUGCUGCCCGCGGCAACGGCAUGACGCUGGCCAUGCUUAACCUUGGACCUUGCUCCAUGCUCCCGCCACAUUAUCAUCCCAGAGCAUCGAACUACGUGGUCGCCGUGCAUGGCAAUACAACCACCUACAUGUACGAGGAGAACGGAGCACGCCUUGUCACCGAGACUUUGCUCCCAGGCCAGGCUACCAUCUUCCCACAAGCCAGCAUGCAUAUGAUGGUCAACAACGGCUGUGAGGACGCCCAGCUCGUUUCAGCCCUGAGCUCUGAAGACCCUGGUACUCAGAACAUUGGCAAUGUCUUCACCAACGGCUUCCCAGCAGAGUUGGUGAAUGCGGCGUUCGGCCAGGAUCUCGCGGGCGCAGAGGCAGCACAGACGAUGACUCCCGUCGGGACCGGCUCGAACUGGGGCCUGGCCAGCUGCCUUGCGAAGUGCAACAUAAAGCCAAACAGCACGUAUAUUCGAUUCUGA